CGUGUCUUCCAAAUCUCUCCCUCUAAAACCUCCCUUCAACCCUACAACUUCCUCACUUCCUUUGCCUUUGCCUUUGCCUUUGCAUUUGCCGCCGCUAACUCCGCCACCAUGUACAGCCAUCUCACUUCCCUCGCCUCCAAAGCCAGGUUGGCUAAGAACCGAAUCCAAUUGAAUGGUACUAGACUGAGUUGGAGUAGAAACUAUGCGGCUAAAGACAUUAAAUUUGGUGUAGAAGCACGAGCAUUGAUGCUUAGCGGCGUUCAAGAGCUAGCCGAUGCUGUUAAACUCACCAUGGGUCCAAAAGGGCGUAAUGUUGUUUUGGAACAAAGUUUCGGGGCUCCUAAGGUGACAAAAGAUGGUGUUACUGUAGCCAAGAGCAUUGAAUUUAAAGACAGAGUGAAAAACAUUGGUGCUUCCCUUGUAAAGCAGGUUGCCAAUGCCACCAAUGACGUUGCUGGUGAUGGCACCACUUGUGCAACAGUCCUUACCCGCGCAAUAUUUGUUGAAGGAUGUAAAUCAGUGGCGGCUGGAAUGAAUGCCAUGGACCUCAGACGAGGAAUCACAAUGGCAGUUGAUGCAGUUGUGACCAACUUGAAGAGUAGAGCGCGGAUGAUCAGCACGUCCGAGGAAAUUGCACAGGUUGGAACAAUAUCUGCGAAUGGAGAAAGGGAGAUUGGCGAGCUCAUUGCCAAGGCCAUGGAGAAAGUUGGCAAAGAAGGUGUUAUUACCAUUGCUGAUGGGAAAACCUUGUACAAUGAAUUAGAGGUUGUUGAGGGAAUGAAGCUUGAUAGAGGCUACAUAUCCCCUUACUUUAUCACCAACCAGAAGAACCAGAAAUGUGAAUUGGAGAACCCACUUAUUUUGAUCCAUGAGAAAAAGAUCUCUAACUUGCCUGCUUUGGUGAAAUUUUUGGAAUUGUCCUUGACGAAGCAAAGGCCUUUACUAAUUGUUGCUGAAGAUCUUGAAAGUGAAGCACUUGCAACUCUCAUUCUGAACAAGCUUCGUGCCGGAAUCAAGGUGUGUGCCAUUAAGGCCCCAGCUUUUGGGGAAAAUAGGAAAGCUGGCUUGCAGGACCUUGCUGCUCUUACCGGGGGCGAGGUAAUAACUGAAGAACUUGGUCUUGACAUUGAGAAAGUUGGAGCGGAAGUGCUUGGCUCUUGCAAAAAGGUUACAGUAUCAAAGGAUGACACAAUUAUCCUUGAUGGCGCUGGAGACAAGGCUACCAUUGAAGAAAGAUGCGACCAAAUAAGAUCAGCAAUUGAAUCAAGCACUUCUGAUUACGACAAGGACAAAUUACAAGAGAGGCUUGCAAAGCUCUCUGGUGGCGUUGCAGUUUUGAAGAUUGGAGGAGCUAGUGAAGCAGAAGUUGGUGAAAAGAAGGAUAGAGUUACCGAUGCCCUAAAUGCCACGAAAGCUGCUGUGGAGGAAGGAAUUGUUCCUGGUGGUGGUGCUGCACUUCUUUAUGCCUCUAAGGAACUUGAAAACCUGGAGACUGCAAACUUUGAUCAGAAGAUCGGUGUUCAGAUCAUCCAAAAUGCUCUUAAGAUGCCUGUACAUACAAUUGCAUCUAAUGCUGGAGUUGAAGGUGCAGUGGUUGUUGGAAAGCUACUGGAACAGGACAAUCCCGACCUCGGUUAUGAUGCUGCCAAGGGUGAGUAUGUAGAUAUGGUUAAAGCUGGAAUUAUCGAUCCUUUGAAAGUCAUAAGAACAGCCUUGGUAGAUGCUGCAAGUGUGAGUUCAUUGAUGACCACAACUGAAGCCAUUGUUACUGAACUUCCAAAGGAUGACAAGGAAGGGGCAGCCACCGCAGGCGGCAUGGGUGGUCUAGAUUACUAAGGGCUUUCACAGGGUACCUCCAUUGCUGCUCUGUUAAGACACAAUUUUUAUAUGAUGAAGCCUUGUAAACAUGAGAUGAGAACAAGAGAAUAUUUAAUAUUUUACUAUGGCUUUUAUUCAUCGAGUAAAAUCCAUAUAAUAAUUUUGAAUCCGUCUUUAAGUUAAUAUAAUGUUCUUUUUGAAGUA